AUGAGACGUCGUGAUCACAACAGCACGGCGUCUUGCCCGUAUUGCACGCUGAAGAUGUUCUGCAAGGUGCAUGUGGACGUCCACAAGCGGAGAGCCAUGCAGAUGCAGCAGCAAAUGCAGCAGCAGCAGCAAGGGGGGGAAGGGAAGACUCUUGCCAAGAUUUACGAUACGUUUAUUGGAGAGCGCCUCAAUCGCAUGCGGCACAGACUAGAGGCACCUUCCACCAGCAAGGGUCUUUGGGGAGAUGAUCCAGCAGACGCUGUGGGGGGAGUUUCUGGAUUGUCUGCCGCGGAGCAGACCCCUCCUGUUGCGGAUAUGACUUCUACAGGACCGUCGCCUCCAAGGGAAGACAAGAAGAAGCACAAAACGAGCAAGAAGUCGAAGGACAAGAAGAAGAAGAAACAAAAGAAAAUGAAAAAGAAGAAGUCUUCCAAGAAGAGGAAGCGGCACAGCAGCAGCAGCAGUAGUAGUGAUAGCAGCAGUAGCAGCAGUAGCAGUGAUUCAGACUCGGAUAAGUAG